GAAAGAACUAAUUUCAUCUCCGGUACUACUUUGUUUAAUUUUGUUUUCGUAUGUUUGUUGACACUUGAUUGAGGUUAGAAAUAGAGUGCGAUACUACAUGUUAUCGAAACCCCCUGGAUGCAUACCAGAAAUGCGCCUUCAUAGUUGCGUAGCAACGUAAAAAACACAUUUGAAAUUAUUCUGAUUGAUUCGGAAGCCACAGUGCAGUAUUUUUUAUCGGAUUUGAAACCUACAUCAUUCCUGCGGAAAAUGGCCCUCGUUAGGAUUUUUUCGCUUGCUAAGCAAGCGGCGGUUCCGUUUUGCACUUGCAACAGUGCCCAACGGCCUCGAGAUAUCAAACCAACCGAGUUCUACUACGUGAAUAACAAGGAGCCUAGUAUGGAAAUAGCCGAUCUUACGGAUCGUGCUGCACAGAAACUUUUCUUCACGGAGCUAAUGCGAGGGGCUGCCGUCACGCUGGGGAAAGUCUUCACGGAACCGGCCACUAUCAAUUAUCCCUUCGAGAAGGCUCCCCUGAGUCCACGGUUCCGCGGGGAGCACGCGCUGCGGCGGUACCCAAGUGGGGAGGAACGAUGCAUUGCCUGUAAGCUGUGCGAGGCAAUCUGUCCGGCUCAGGCCAUCACAAUCGAGGCAGAGGAACGUGCGGAUGGGAGCAGGCGGACCACUCGGUACGACAUCGAUAUGACCAAAUGUAUCUAUUGUGGUUAUUGUCAGGAGGCUUGUCCAGUCGAUGCUAUCGUUGAGGGGCCGAACUUUGAGUUCUCGACAGAGACACGCGAAGAGUUGUUCUACAACAAGGAAAAGCUGUUGGAGAAUGGUGAUAAAUGGGAAUCUGAAAUUGCGUCCAACAUCAAUGCGGACUAUUUGUAUCGUUGAUGUUUAUACUUACUGAUUGAAUUGGAGGAAUGUGCAGAGAAGUUGCUGGCAGUAAUAUGAAAAUAUUGAUGAAAUAAAGAA